UCCCGUAGUGCACGCGCCCGUCAUCCAUCGUUGAGCGUGCGCACGUGGCUUCGCAUGUCGCUGUCGUGUGCGUUUUGUGCGCAGCGUAGUGUAGCUAUGGACAACAGUGGGCGCGAUCCACAGGCGGCGAGGAGGUUGUCAACCAGUGAGAAGAGCAUGGUCGCCAGUGCUGUCCUCGCUGUGUGCCGGUACAUGGAGACGGUGAACGGGUUCCGGCGUGCGGGUGGGAGGGGGAGGGGGAGGGGGAGGAGGGAGGCCGCCAUAGCCCAGGCGUUGGCAGACGUCUGUACAUCGUCCGGUCUAUCCGAUGCUCCUUUCCUGUUGUCCAACACAAUUGUUGCUGGUGUUCUGCCCAGGGACACACCGCAGUGGUGGAUGAAAAGACGAACGGGUGGGACGUGGCGAGACUUGGACAUUGUGGACGACACGACGGAUGAAUAUUUCCAUGACAAGCUUCGACUGUCGAGGGCCAUAUUCGGGGACAUUGUUGCGGCUUGCAGUCCAUUCAUCGACCGUAGACUGACGCACUACCGCGAGCCCUUGCAGACAGACCUUAUCUUCGCCUUCGCGUUAUACCAGUGGGCCACCGGGGAGACGUUUGAGAACACUUCGUCGAGCUUCGGCAUCGGCAGGUCGUCCGGGGUGACGGUCGUGACGGACGUCGCCAAUGCAAUACUGGCUGCAUAUCCAGACAAAGUCGCCAUGCCGUCCGGCCGUCGGCUGCUGCAGGUGACCCGAGCAUUCGGGGCGAAGGGCUUCCCUAAUUGUUUCGGCGCAAUCGACUGCACGCACGUGUACGUGGAUAAGCCCGCCAACGCACCGUUGGAGAACUACUUCGAUCAAAAACAGCAGUUCUCGGUCGUCGCCCAAGUUGUCGUCGACCUCGACAUGAGAAUUCUCGAUGUGUUCAUGGGAUACCCGGGGAGCGUCCACGACCAGCGGGUUCUGAGAAACUCUUCACUCUUUCGACGUGCGGAGGCAGGCGAGCUCUUCGUCGCGGAACCUGUUCUGCUGCCAGGGGGGGUGUCCACAACAGGGUACCUGCUUGGGGACAACGGCUACUCGCCGAGAACGUGGAUGGUGGUCCCCUACAGGGGGACAAACCAAGCAGGGGACAUCGGAUUGUUUGACACGCGGCAGAAGACGACGAGAGGAGUCGUGGAGAGGGCUUUCGGGCGUUUGAAGGGGAUGUGGAGGUUGUUCCUCCGCCAUCACAAGACUAACAUGGAUAGUCUGCCUCAGCAGUUUCUGGUUGUUUGUAUCAUCCACAACUUGUUGCUUGAGGCGGGCAUACCGUUCGACGACUCGGUCCUCCUCGAGCCGGACGAGAACGGCAAUCUGGUUCAUGUCGAUCUGGGGUUGCAAGAUCCGCCACGACCAGUGUCGCAAUCGGGCGCAACCGACGCUGCCCUGGCUUUACGUGACGGGUUUUCCCAAAAGAUAACAAGUGUGUGUGUUUAUUUGCUUUCUCAGUUUUACAAUCGUUCAUGGAUGAGGCGAAGCAGACAACAAAAGUUUGUUGCACAUGAGCUUUAUAUGUGUUCGACACAGUACAGAACCCGAAUGUAAUCGACAUCCGCACACCCACUGACGACAAAAAAUAGCCACACAAAAGCACAUACUCUCUUCACAAUCUGAGAUCCACACUUCGCAGGAAAGCAGAGGGCGAAAGACACAAACCAGCCAACACAAUUGAACCCUGAAAGUGCAUGCGAACUUAAAGAAACGUGAUGAGCAACUCCGCCACCACCUCACAAACCCUAAAUGCGCCACUCGCAUGUCAUACCACCUCCCCCACCAUGUCAGUUCCAAUGCGAGCCAUGCUUGUGCCGCAUGCCAACACAAGUAUACGGGGAAACGUCUCUCCACAACAUCCGACGAACAGGGACACGCAGUCGUUGUCCAUCGUAAACGAAGAAGAUGAGCCAAACAAAAAACAUAAGGACGU